AUGUCUAGCCAGAUGUACACCCGUCAGACGAACUUGUCACGCAACCCCGGCCACUACUCCUGGGUGGGCCGCCUUGGGGCCCGCACGGUGUGCGGCAUCUCGGAGGCGGUGGGAGUGGGGGUGCACUUCAACACGCUGGUGCCGCUGAGUGAGCAGAUGACCAUCAAGUACGGCGUCAUCGAGGCGGGUUCCCUGGAGCGAGAUCUGCUCCUCUGGGAGCACCUCUACGUGGCGGGGCGGCUCCACAAACCCGUGACGGCGCUGCUGCCGGAGCUGCUGCGCACGUUGGUGGGUUUGAGCUAUCGAGGGGAUGUACGGCUGGCGGUUGGGGCGGAGGACCCGCAUAAGGUGCAGCGAAUUGUGGACGGCAGUUGGGACGAGCUGUACGGCAUGUACCUGCCAUUGCUAACCGAGUCGGGUCGGUACUCGGCACUGGGUUUGGAGGUGGCGGGGCAUGUGGAGCACCCGGGCGGUGGGGGAGGGGGCCCCCCCCGGGGGGGAUGUCGCAUGUGGCGGCAGUCCAAGGACCCGGACGCCCAGGCGGCUGCAUUGCGGUUACUGGCUCCCGGGCUGUUGCAUGAGAUGGCGGGCAGGUUGGGUUAUCACGUGCCCCUACACCACCUGGCCCCCAGUACGACAACUCAGAUGGAGGUGGUGGCGGCGGCCAUGCGGUCGGGGGCACCGCAGCGGCUGGCGGCAGACAGCCUGGCGGCAAUUGUACGGAGAUCUAGCAUCUACCAGGCGGCUGCGGGGCUGCUGGCAGCGGGCGGGGGCAAGGCGGUGCAGUACGUGGGAGCCAAGGUGGUGAAGGCGCACCGUCUGUCACAACCUUCGCGCGGUUUCCUUCUUAGGGAGACUUUCUUGGGAGCUUCGAGAAGUACCAGCCUAGGUUGUUGA